AUGGCUCAAUUGUCGGAGACAAUAAGCCCAUUAACUGGACCUCUCCGAACAACGGUCAUUUGUUUUUUCGUAUUUCAGUUAAUUGGACUUCUAUUUGCCAUGCUGGCGCUGGUCGCCGGAAUCUUCUCGACGUCUUCCCGCCAUGCAUCGUGGUGGAGACUAAUGCUCUCCUGGGCGGUUUUUGCUUUUUCAUACACCCUGCUUCUUUUCGAAGGUCAUGCAUUCGAAGGCAUCCCGGCACGCAGCAUAUGUAUACUGCAAUCUUCGCUCACCUACGCGGCACCCCCUUUGUCAGUUUCUCGAACUAUCUGUGUUGAUAAUGUUGAUGAUAAUCGGCAGUUCCGCGGCCUGCGCUUUGGACCUCGUGCUGGAUGUCCACCUACGCGUGACGAAAAGGAUACUGGGGAGAAGGGUGAAGCACCCCCAGCUUAUACGCUAUGGGGUAAUUCAUCGAUUGCACCUUAUGUUAUUUUUAUAACUGUCAUUAUCAUCUCGUUGGGUUUCGCUCUUGCCGCCCCAGAUGUGAAUCUUACUGUGGUGGCGUAUUGCAGUUUGGAUAAUCAUGUUCCAGGUCGGAUCACAGCAGGACUUGUGGUUAUCAUUAUUGUUGCCGUACUAUGCUUCAAUGUGUCUUUUUAUAUUGCUUUUCGGCGCGAGUCAUCGUUCUGCUACAAAGGAUUCUACAGAUCGGCGUUAAUACGAAUCAGUAGUUUUAGUUUGUUCAGUCUGUUUGCCAUUAUCAUUGGUCUUUUCUUUUUUUUACUGGCGUUCAUCGGGAAACACAAUUCUGUCAAGGGACUCAUGGACCUCAACGUUAUUCUCUCAUUAAUGCCUGUUGCGGGUACCGUGACUUUCGGCAGCCAUAAAGAUCUUCUAAAUGCAUUGAUUUUCUGGAAGAGAAAAGAGCCUCUCAAUGCCAAUGUCCAGGAUGUUUCGAUGGAUGACUUGAGACCCCAUAUCUCAGUCCGAGUCGGUAGAAACACAGAGGAGAACCUGCCUCCGACUCCACAAGAACUAGACUCAGAUGCUGAGUAUAACUAG